AUGCCAAAGAAGAAGAAGGGCACCGGGACCGCACCUGCGGCUGGCUACGCAGAAGACCCAGGUGAUGCAGAACUCUCGGCUGCGGCUUCCGCAGGUGCAUGGACCAAGGUCCAACCAUGGUUCCAGCGAAGGGGUGGUGUCGCAGACCCCGCAAAGAUAGCGUUACGAGAGGCAGAUGGGGACCGAAAUGUCGUGGCGAUCUCCGGUUUGAGCAAAGGUGAAGCGAUCUUUCGUGUUCCUGCGCAGAUAUGGUUCACUGCUGAAGGCUUGUCCUCGCACGAGGCAGGGAGAGCGGUCCUGAAGUGGGCUGAACAAGCAUCAGAGGAGGUCGGCCUGUCUGCAGAGCAUGUGGAGCUUUGCCUGCUUGCCGUGCUCAUCCUGCUGGAGGGAGCAAGGAGUGGUUUUUGGUCAGACUACAUUGCUGCCUUGCCUUGGUCCACCUCCCUACCUCUCAGCUGGACGCCAGAGCGACUAUCCACUCUCAAUGGAGCGGCGCCGCAGUGGCAGAUCCAGGAGAAGAAGAGCCAGCUAGCCAGGGCCUACUCGUCUGUGACCGACGCAUUGCAGGCCGCAGCGAAGAGCGCCUUUCAGUCUGCAUGCCCAAACAGCGACAUGUUCAUCAAAGCUUUCUCGCUUGCACAUUCCCGUGCGAUGGGCAUACGAUCUGUGGGCGACCAAGGAAGACGGUGGAACCUUGCUAUGCUUCCCUUCGUGGACAUGUUAAACCACUCCCGCCAGCCUGAAGUUGGCUGGGAUGUUGUCCGGACCAAGGAUGCUGGCUUGUGCGUCGUUGGGCGGACCUUGUGCGAUGUCAAGGCUGGCACAGAACUCCGCAUUCGCUACCAGUUCGCUUCUGCACAGGCCUUCUUUGCCACGUAUGGAUUUGUGGAAGCCGUGGAGGCCAUUCGACCGACGGAACUGAGGUUGGCCAUCGACAGUGCAGGUGGGCCAGCCGUGCUGAACGUCACAUCUGCGCAGUCCCUCCGGAAGCUCCUUUCCCGCUGCAGGGUGCAGGUGGCCACCGCCGAGGAGUUGAAGGGAGCUCACGUCUUGGAAGAUGCAGCGCGCUUUCCUCUGUCGCAGAGAUGUGAAAUUGCUGCAUUUCGACACUUGCAGGAUCUCGUGCAGCAGCAUGUCCAAGAACGUCAGAUGUGGUCAGAUGGAGUUGAUGGCAUGGUGCGGAGACUCCGCGAUGCAGAUGGCACAGGAUGGAGAAGGUUGGACAACUUCGUUCAGUCGGUCUUGGAAAGCAUUCAGGAACCUGGAAACGAGCUGAGCGCAGCAAGGCUUGCGGUGCUGGUGCACUCCAGAAUGCCAAUUUGCACGGGAGAUGCGCAACGGCCAUCGCAGUCCGACACCUUUGUCAGUCAGAAGAUGUCGAUUCGAGACGAAGGAGGGGAGAAGGGAAGAGGGUAUUUCGCAAACAGGAGCAUUUCGGCGGGUGAGCUACUGCUUUCCGAGGAGCCCCAUGUGUUCAACCCAGACGAUGAUGACUUCGGUGCUGUUGCUGCUGUUCACGUGCUGGCAGCUGAGGAGGAAGGCAGUGAGUUGAGAGUGCCGGCCGCAGAGAGUGAUGGCAUCAGCGAGGCGGAGGCUUUCCGCUGGCUGUCGGGCAUACCCAGUUUGACAAAGGAGAAAGCAGCCAAAGCGCUGGCGGCCGCACGAAACAACGGCUUCUGCACAUCUCUGCAGUCGACAGGAGAAGAGGUGUGGCUCCUUUUCCGAAAGUUGUCUGUCUUCAACCAUUCUUGCUGGCCAAGCUGCUCAGUUUACCGAGAUCCGUCAACUGGCAUUUCACACGUUCUCGCUAUACGUCCGGUGGAUAAGGGAACAGAACUUACAAUUCAUUAUGCCGACGACCUAAUCCUGCUUCCCAAGGAGCUGCGCAAAGCAUUCCUUCCCGGUCGCUUUGGUUUUGCAUGCGAAUGCGAUCGGUGCGAAGAAGAAGACCAGGCCGCUGCCAAAGUUGAGAACCUCCUGCUAAAGCAUGCAGAAGGGCGCAGCGACACCUGGCAAGAGGAGACCCAGCUGGCGCAUGCAAUGAAGACUGCUCAUGCAGGGCUUUGCAAGAUGCGGCAAGAGCGAGGUCGGCCAGCAGGCGUGUUGCUGCUUGUUGCAAUCGUUUCCUAUUGGAAGAACGCGGCUUGCAACAUCCGGCGGGUUUGUGCUCGCGCGCUCAUCCAGGUGUGGCCAUGCCGCUCUUGUCCCGCUCCAGAUUUCUCCAAGCUGCUUUGGCUCGCAGCAAGCCAAGGUGGGGUGGCUUCGGCUCGCCCAAGGAUCAUGAACCAGCUUGGAUUGAGAGAUGGGCAGCAAACCGCCGCGAAGGGCAGGACAGCGGAAGAAGGGGAAGGCGAAUCAGCCAAACCGCUGGCUCGGCAACUGUUCACGUUCGUGGGCAGGACAAGAUGGACUGGUUCUUUCGUGCUUUCAACUCCACCCGUAUCUACGAGACCUUUUUGA